AACCAGUGUCGUGCUGUGAGUUUUGAAUAAUUUAAAGAGUUUGUUUUCAAUUUCGGUUUAAUCAGAGCAAAGACUUAGGAAAAGGCUUGUUCCUGGGGGAUUUGCGAAAAGCUGGACCUUUAUGACGAAUGUUUGAAAAAGCUACUGAAAGCUGUGUCCAACAAAACACUGAACUCUAUGGAUGAUCUGCAAACAGGAAAUUACGUGUAAACGCCUCCUAAAGAAAGUUGGAAAGUUAACAAAUUACAAUAAGUGUCUUAAACAGAGGAAAACCACGUUGUAAAAUAAGGGUGAAUUUUUCUGGUCGGUUUUUUACCUCAGCCCUAUGGCAAUGGCUGUCGCCACAGCAGUUACCCUUAGUUACCGCCGGUCGCGCACCACGUCACGUGACUGGUCAAUUUCAAACUCGGUACCAGUCGUGAUCGACAAAUUGGCGGAGCCAGUCGUCAUCAACAUCGGCGGGAAAAAAUACGAGACUUUCGAGCACACGUUGAACCAGUUUCCCAACACGCUGUUGGGAAAUCCCGAAAAGCGAAAGCGGUACUUUGACGACAAAAACAACGAGUAUUUCUUCGAUCGACAUCGGAGUUCGUUUACCGCCAUCUUGUAUUAUUAUCAAUCAGGCGGACUUCUUGAGAGGCCUCUACAUGUACCCAAUGAAAUUUUCCUCGAGGAGUUGAACUUCUUUCAGUUGACCGACGAAAUACAGAAAGAAAAUGAAGAGGCCGCCUACGAAGAAGAAGAGAACGGAGAUGGGGAGGUGGAAGAAGAGGAACUUCCCGAGAACAAGACCUUGCGAACAAUUUGGAUGUUGUUCGAAUACCCAAGCUCUUCACCUCAGGCCAAAGCCUUGGCGAUAUUCUCGCUUGUGAUUAUCAUGAUUUCUAUUGUGAUUUUCUGUGUGGAAACAAUGCCCGUGUUGGACGAUUCUGUUCCCGAAAAGAGGAACAGCAACGGGACAGUAACUCAGCCUGCAGAGCGCGGCAAAAACAAACGUAUUUUCUUCGUCAUGAACGCGAUUUGCAGCUCGUGGUUCACUUUCGAGUAUGUGAUCCGCUUGAUCGCCUCGCCUAAUAAGAUUGCUUUCCUCAAAGGGGUGCUAAACAUCCUAGAUCUGCUUUCCAUUCUCCCUUUUUACGUGACUCUCACGGUCCCUGAGGAGUCCGCGGGGAGCAUCGAUAUCCUUCGAGUCAUGAGGGUAAUUCGAGUGUGUCGGAUCUUCAAGCUCACUCGCCACUCCAAGGGCUUGCACGUUCUGGGGAAGACGUUGUACGCCAGCGUCAAUGAGCUGAUCAUGUUAAUGCUCUUCUUGGUUAUCGGAGUCGUGCUGUUUGCCAGCGCCGCGUAUUACGCCGAAGAGGAAUCAAAUCCCAAGUUUUCCAGCAUUCCUGCUGCCUUCUGGUGGGCAGUUGUCACCAUGACAACGGUGGGGUAUGGUGAUGUAGCGCCCGAGACCACACCAGGUAAAUUAGUCGGAGCGUUGUGUGCACUAUCGGGAGUGCUCGCCAUUGCUCUUCCGGUACCAGUCAUCGUCUCUAACUUUGAGUUCUACUAUAAAGAGGAACUAAGCAAAAGAGAAAAAGCGGAGACGAUAUCCUACCGAAAUCUCAAUAACCUUAUACUAAAGUCCCCGCUGCUAGAACCCAAACUUAUGGUUGCAACGGAUUCGCCGGUGCGCACCGCCAAACUAGACCUUCCUACUGGUCAGUAUUCAAGCCCUAUUGUGGCGCAUCGAAUAACUAACGGUGCUAUGAAGUUUGGACACGACCCUAUUAUUGAAACUGAAGAGCUCAGUCACUCGAGCGGCGGUAGCUCCAAACCUUCAACGCCUAAAGCCCGACGGAAACAGCAUCUUCCUCCAGCCCCUCCUACUUCGGAAACGAUCUUGUAAACCUGCCAAUGUGUUCUGACGCCUUUCGAUGGUGAAAAGCUCUUAUUGGAUAUGGCAUACUAAGGCUGGUUCGCCUGUAAUGAGGCAUUAAUAUGAGGCAUGCAUGAACUAGGAGAGAGGUCGUAGUGCCGGGUAGCUAGAGGGAAAGAACUCAGUGCAAUACGUUGCUCCUCUACUUGGUUGUUGUUGUUGUUUUUUUUUUAAAUGAAGAGGGUGACCAUUUUCGCUGACAUUAUUUUAAACAUUUGGCAUUAAGGGAGCAAGUUAGCGCAUAAUAUUGUCAGGAACUUCAGCGCUUGAUGAACUAAAUAUGCCAUUUCGCCCUUCUGCCAGUUUACUCUUUAAGGCGUAACGCUCGGCUAACCGGAUGAAAACCAGUUAGUGAAGUGCGUCUUCGCUGAUUUAAUGGCAAGUAGCAGCAUCUUUUGGAGAGUCUCAUUGCCAGCAGAAAGAUUGAGGAAUGAUCAGUUGUGUGAAAACAGAAUGCUUGUUAACUCUGUUCUUUUAGUCGGUGACAAAACGUACCGUGUCAUUGAUCGUCUAUCGCGAAAGAUUGAAUUGGUUGGUGUUGUUCAGAAUCUCCAAACCUUCGAAAAAGUAUCAGAACAAUUGCCGAUUGUUAUUAGACAAUCACGCUGUUACACGGAAACGUAAGAGAGCGCAGAAAUCUGUCAUGGCAACGUUGGAUCAUGGGGGUUACGUCAGCCAGUUUUGUAAGACAGAAGUCAAUUUUCUUGGAUAGUUCGUGAGCCUCGACAAAACGAUCAAACAUUUCUAGCCAACAUAUCUUGGAUCAAUCGUUUUUGACGCAAAACGUUGCAUUAAAAAGUUUGACCAAGGGUGGCUAAACGAUCAAGGUGAUGUUGCAUCCAUGAAAAUAUUUGAUCGGUUAGUCUUGACAGUAGAGAAAUGGUAAUACGAAUUACUACCUGAAAGAGGGCGUCAUUAGGAGCGCAUAUCUCAGGAGUGCACGAGAGACGGAAUUAGGAAUAUCAAGGAACAAAUUAUAUCGAGUCUAUUUCUAGCUCGUGUUUUCAAGCUGAGACUAUAGAUGUGUGAAAAACAUUUAGGUGCAAAAGGUGAUCAACAGUGACCAUGUAAAAUUCAAGAAGCCGGUAAUUUCAGUGUUUUGCUACCAAACGUAUUUAUGCGUGUAAGGUAAAGUCUCUUAAAAUCGAACAAGCUCGAAUUUUGAUCUUUCACAAGAGUUAAAUAGGUGGAGUCUACGAAGUGAUGAAAUCCUGUUUGCUCACUAGUAAACAGUAAAGAACGGUUUUGUUUUGUGUUACUCAGCUGAACCAGUAAGCGCGUAACCGUGCAAUGACUGAUCAUCUUUGAUCACGUGUUGCUGGUGAUUGAUGUGAUUGAUCAUUGGUUUGAUAGAGACGACGUGUCAUGACCCCACGCGACUUACGCUUGAGAUCUACAACAAGAAUUCUUUGCUCAUAUACUUCUGUUUUUAAGACACAGAAUAUCAUCAAGGCCUGGAGAAAACAAAUUAACUUUGGUGCCCAUUUCUCACUUGACAAAGUUAUAGUUGAUCUCCUCCGCUUGGUUUCACGAUUGGGACUCGGAAAAAGUAAACUACUUCACUCACGAGAAGAGAAAAAUUUAGCGGAUGGAAAUGCUAUUCAAAGUAGCCUGAAUUUUUCUACUUUUUUCAAUUACAAAAUAUAAAACACUCUGCCAAAGUUAUUUCCUCAGCGAUCGCUGGCGCGAUCCGUUGAUUCUGGAGAAGUGACCUCCACGAAAAUCUUAAAGUAUUUCCUUUGCCUUUGUGGCGUGGUAAACUUCGAAAAGAGGAACAGAUUGACUUAUUUAAAAGGUAAAAAAUAUAUGAGGCUAACGUUUUUGUAUUGAAGUCAGGAGCAGUAUAAAAUACAAACGGGAGAGAGCUCGCUUUCGUUUGUUUACAGCUCUUUUCUCUCGACAAUUUUGAAUUGUAAGGACUGCCCGUAAUUGAGCCCCAGUUCAACUGUAGCGCAGUAGUGUCGCAGCUAAAUCAGUGUAUUUCAUCGAGCCUCUCGCGAAUAGGCCCUAUCCGAAUUACCUUUAGCCCUCUUUCUCAAACCAAGUCUUGGUUUCCAUCUUUUCAUAUGAAAAUGAAAUUUCUUUCACAUGCAAAUUAAACUUAUUUUCAUAUGAAUGGUUCUUCACCAGGCCUCGCUUUGAUAGAGAGGCUUAGGGCAACUCGGAGAUGGGCUAUUGUUCUAGUGCAAAGAUUCGUAUAGUUUCUUCCCUUCAGUAUUUUGUUCUGGGAAAUAACACUCUAAGCUUGGCGCUAUUCGAUGUCGAGAAGUCGACACAGCAAGCGAUUACGUUUGGACGGGGCUCUAUAAUAUUUAAGAAAGAGAAUAAUUAAUAAGAAAAUAAUAAAUAGUUGACAAAAGCCGCUUUCUGCGUUUAAGAAGCGUCGAGAUGUUACAAGAACAGCAAACAACACAAAUUGCAUGUUUUUAGCUUUAAAAGAAACCAGAGUGGUGAAAUAAAAUGAAAUAAGAGUAGUUUGA